AUGGCUUCCACGGAAAACCUCCCUCUUGUUCCUGACGAUGUCACAAAGGCAUGGCUCACCGAUGUGCUUGGUCUCAAGAUCAAGACUGCCGAGCUGACACAUGCUAUCCACGGCACCGCCAGCAAACUCUUCUUCACCCUCGCCUAUGAGGACUCCGAGGAGGCAGUCGAGAAGCCCGAGUUUAUUUGUGUCAAGGGAGGCCUCAACCCGGGAUUAACUCCAUCCAUCCGGGUGCUCCUCACCAGCCUCUUCCGUCGCGAAGUUUUAUUUUUCAAUGACGUUGCACCUAAAGUCGCCAAGAUGGACCUGGUUCACUGCUGGUGGGCUGGGGAAAAUGACCUCCAAGGCAUUGUCAUCAUGGAGGAUCUUCGCAAAAAGAACCUGAAGUUUGGCACAACCGCGGAGCCAUGGGGCCCAGACCUGGUGAAGAGUGGUCUUGGUCAACUCGCCAUCCUCCAUGCUACUACCUGGGGCCAGGGUCAAGAAGAGUACUCUUGGCUCAGUCCUCAUUAUGACCAAUCAGUUCUAGGGAUGAUUCCAGCAAUUAAUUACAACGAGUUCGUCCUCGACCCCGAGCGUCCCCAACUACCCGAGCAUCUGCAAAAGCAGGACCGGGUCGAGGCCUUCAUCAAGAAGUACUUCGCUGCGCGCAACCCCAAAUUCAGGAGUCUGAUCCAUGGUGAUUGCCAUGUACACAACACCACUAUUUCCCCCGAGGGAACUGCCGCUUUCAUUGACUGGCAAUUGAUCGGCGGCGGCUCCUGCUUCCAUGACGUGGCCUAUUUCAUGAAUUCGGCCAUGGACAUCGAAGUUCGUCGUGCUCACGAAAAUGAACUGCUUGACCACUAUUUUGAGGAGUUGCACAAGCAUGGCGGCCCAAAGCUCUCUCGUGGCGAGGAGGAUGUCAUGAUCGAGUUCAGAAAGUCUCAGCUCGCUGGUUUUGGUAUGAUUCUCGCCACGACCCAGAUGCAGCCGAUCGAGGUUCUCCGUCUCCUAAUCACACGUUUUGUUGCGGGAAUUGAGGACCACCAGGCUGUUCAGCUUGUCGAGAGCCUUUAA